ACCAUAAUGUCUCUGCGUCAACCUUGAGCGGAAAAAGAAGAACGUGGGCCGUCAGAUAGCAUAAACAACUAGCGUAGUUGUGUGCGUUUUGAUGUCUUUGCUUGUACAGAAUUAGCGAGCCACUAACAUAAAUUCGUCAAAGAGAAUUUCUUACCUGUGAGCACACUGCUGUCCACUUACGGUGUCACACCCUGAAGGCACGUUUCAUCUUGUACAGUAACACUGUAGCACUGCUGGUAGCCUCGUGACCCCAAGAAAAUAAUGUGCUGCAGCUGAAGAUGGGGGGUAGCGGCUCCAAAUCCAAAGGAUUUUGGCCUUUCUCUGGCUCAGGUAGUUCAGACGAUCCAACCAAAGAUGGAAAUGAGCAAUCACUGGCGAGAGUUCGAAGUUUCCCCGGUGCAACUCCUUUUGUCUUCACAAGAAGAAGCUCAAUGUUCUUUGAUGAAGACGGUGACUUGGCUCAUGAGUUCUACGAAGAGACAAUUGUGACAAAAAAUGGCCGCAAAAAAGCAAAGCUGAAGAAGAUUCAGAAAAACCUAACACCUCAGGGAAUCAUUAAGCUGGACCACCCGUGUAUCCAUGUAGAUUUCCCGAUUGUCCUCUGUGAAGCCUGACAAUGUCUGAGGAGUGUCUCAGACUAGCCACUGUGUCAACUCCGUCCUGCGGUUUCCACUACAGAUGGAAGCCUGAACCAUCUUUUAAAAUAACCUGAUCUCUUGAUAUAUUUGAUGCCCUUAUGUGGACAGGCUGAUGCAUUGUGUGCUGAACCUCUGCAUGUGAUCUGUUUUUGGCUUGUGUGCAGUUAGACACAGAAUAGGUCACCAGUGGGGUUCUAGAAGGGUGCCAAUCUGGAGAAAAUCAGUUUACAGAUCAUGGUUUGUGUGCAUGUAAGUGUGAAGACAUGGGAUGAAACAUGACUGAGGCCUGAAUAUUUUGCAGUAGAUUGUCUUCUGGUGUGAUUGAUAAAACUCAAGGAGUUUAAGGAGAAUGUAAUGUUCUUCCCUCCAUCAGGGUGUGAGCAAGAAUCUGGAAAGUUGCCAGUGCACACUUAAGUUUUUUGACAUUAUGACUUGCUUCAUUAUGCAUGGAACAGGAUCUGCUUAUGGGACAGCCUAAUGAGUUGACAAUCAGUGGCCAACAAACUCUUUAAGUGGAUUAAUGUCACAGUAUAAUGUUGGAAGGACUGGCUUCAGUGACCUCAAAGCCACAUAUGUGCAGCAGUGAGUCUAAUGACAGAUCCUGUUGAUUUAUUUGCUGCUUUGGCAUAUGAUGUUUCACUUUUAAUUUAUUAUAACUGUUUUUUAAUUACAAAAUAAAAUGCAGAAUUGAA